AUGCAAGAAUUUGAAAGUUCCUCUUCGCCGCGUCUUUUAGCCUUGAUCGUUGUCGUGUUGGCUGUUUCACUGUUGUGGCUUCUUUCAGUGCGAUUGAAGAAUACAGCAAUAAUUGAUCCGUUCUGGGGGUUUGGAUUUGUUCUUGUUGGGUUGGUGCAUUUGAUGGUGAAUGAUUAUUCGUGGAAUGUUCAUCAGUGGAUGUUGAUCGGGAUGAUGAUGGCUUGGGGGUUGAGAUUGAGUUUGUAUUUGGGGAGGAGAUUUGUGAGAGAGGGGGUUGAGCAUGAGGAUUAUAGAUAUGCCAAUUUCAGAAAGAAUGAUCCAGAGAGUUAUUGGUGGAAGAGUUUGAUGAAGGUGUUUUGGUUGCAGGGAUUGUUGAUUUGGAUAUUUUCACAGGUUGUACAAAGUGUGUUGUGUCAAACAUUGAGAAGUGAGUUGACUAGUUCCGCAGUGUUUUGGAUUGAUGCUAUUUGUUGGUUGAUUGGAGUUUUAUUUGAAACUUUUGGAGAUUUACAAUUGGAAUCAUUCAAAUCUAAACCUGAAAAUAAGGGAAAGGUUUUAAAUACUGGAUUAUGGAGAUAUACAAGACAUCCAAAUUAUUUUGGAGAUUCUAUGGUUUGGAUUGGAUUUGGAGUGAUGAGUUUGGGAAUUAAUUUUGCAAUAAAUUAUUUAAUUGAAGAAUUCAAACUUGUUAGGGCAAAUUCUUGAGAUCCUAAAAAGGAAAGAUAUGGAGGAUAAGAAUCAUUGAUGUGAAUGAAUUGUUUUCCAUCUUUCCAAUAUCCUUCCUUCACAUAACCUUCAACAAUUCUGCAAUAAAAUAAAUGAUGACCUGGACAUGUUUCUUCCAUUUCCUUCUCAAUAACGCAACACAAGUGUGCACAACAUUCCUCAAAGCAAUGGAAGAGGCCAUUAGAAUUUCUUCUUUCUAUUAAGGUGAGUGGUUUCAUGUUGUUAGGUGUUGAAUGGUCACUAUUCACAAAGGUUGCAAACUUGUCUAUUUCAGAUCCUGAACAUCCUCCAAUUUUCAAAACAUAAUCUGCCAAUGGAAGAGUUGGAAUAUUGAGGGUGAAUUGUUUACUCCUUCGAACGAGUGAAGCCGAGUGUCUGGACUUGUUCAUACUGCAAAUGAAAUGAGCAGAAUUGUCGGUAGGUGUGAGCCAAGUAAUGGUCAUGAGAUUUCUCUUGUUUUCAUGAUUACUCGAGAGAAUGCAAACUGGAUUUGUGUAGAGGAAUCUGGAAAGUAAGUUAGCUGGAAUGAUUUGUAUGAAUUCUGAUUGUCUUGUGAAUGAAAUUGCACUUGCUGACUUGGAAUCACUUAAAUCAAGUUUGAAAAGAGGGGCAUAUGCUGAAUCGUCUCUUUC